AUGCGCCUUGAGACUACAACAAUCUACCACGGUCCGGAGAACAUCGUCAUGUAUCCUCUUAUAUCGUCAUCACCCACCGCAGAGCCUCUUGGUUGUGAUGUCACUGCCGGUGAUUCUCUGCUGCCUGAAGCCGACUUUGACAACAUUGUGAGCAGCGAUAUUGAUCUUUUCGCGGUGAUCGAUGCUGGCCCAUCAAGCGCCAUCCUCAUCAUAUGCGAAGUCGAGCGAGAAAAUUGGGCCGCGAUUCUGCAAGAAUACAUUGACAAUGAUCCCAAUCCUACAGGAUGUGUUUUCCUUUUGAACCAAACCCGGUCAUCUGUAGUUCGAGGCAAGACAUUGACGGAUACAGCCUUUGAGUGGAAGCCGGAAUACCGUCAUAAACUCCCUGGAACUGUGCUUAAGAGCUACUUUCGCAGCCAAGUAAAUACGCUUAUUUGCAUUGGAAUGCUCGAGCUAACGAAUGCCAUAAACAUGGCGGGCUGGCUGAGAGGUUGGAAAUGUAUGCUUCAGCCUGGUGGAAGCCUGGUUGUCGAGCUCAGUUGGGAUUGGCAGGACCGUACUUGGAGGGAUGCUGCAAAGCGAUACGCUGUCAUGGCGUCUCCUCUUGGCUUUCGUCUGCAGACUGUGAAUGGCUGUGAUGUCUUUAUGGGAGGCCUUUUGCAAGACCGUGCCAGUCAAGACGAAAGGUAUCGCAUUGCAAGUACUUACCGAAGGCAGGCAUCGAGGUUAGUGGCGCGUGGUCGCCACGCUCGACUUGGUCACACUUUCGAAGACAAGGCCAAAAACCUUACAAGGAAGGGAGUGCUCGAUGAGAACGAUUUCAUCAAGGAUGGCGAUAAGCUGUACGGUCGAUUCGUUCAAUGCGGACCACACGCAUGGUCAGACUUCUAG